GGAAACAUGCAAAAUGAAUACAACAUGUGCAUGACCAUCCUGCUGCUGAUCGUCGGUUCUGUACGAGCGGAGCACCUGUUAUUCUCGGAUUGCGGAAUCCGUACCUCUCGUAGACAACCGCGAAGCAGCAGCCAAAACAGCAACCACCACAACAACAACGACUGGAGUAACUACUACAACCGAAGUACGUCACAGCAGCAAGGAGACGGCCAAUCCGAGCAGCUGGAAGCUAGCGAAUCGGACGGACCGAGUAGGAAUCCCAAGAUAAUGCACGGAACACCGACCCUGGAAGGGCAGUACCCGUGGCAGGUUUCACUCGAACUGCUUCAUCCCUCGUACGGAUUUAUCGGGCACUGGUGCGGUGGUGUUUUGAUCGACCGGAACUGGGUCCUUUCGGCGGCACACUGCAUUCACAAUGAUCUGUUCAAUCUUCCACUGCCUGCCUUGUGGACCGUGGUUCUAGGAGAAUACGACAGGUCUCGGGAGUCCGGUUACGAGCAACGAAUUCCAGUAGACAAAAUAGUUCUGCACGAAAAGUACCACAACUUCAAGCACGAUCUUGUGCUCCUCAAACUGAACAGGCCGGCCAACAUGGCACCGAACGCUCGGGUGAAGAAAAUAUGCCUACCGUUCGCGGACAUCAAAGUCAACAGCGUGGAGUACGAUCCGCGGCCGGAACUGGACCGCACGAGAACAAAAGCCAACGGUGGUACGCUCUUCUUCUACGACUAUCUCGGGCGGCCACCGGAGUCCGCUGGUGAUGUCACUGCCGGCGGGAGCACCGAAGACGACGAAACCCGGGGGGAAGUGGGCACGAAGCCCAACUUUCCGGAACCACUCUGGGAACGGGACGAUAAUUAUCUGCGACGGUUGCGGCUGCUAGGCGAAAGUCCCGAACGGCCGCGAACCGCGCAGCUUGUUGUAAAUCGAUUGGUACGGGAACAAUUGCAUCGAAAAAGCAAUUCAACAGCAACUACUGCACACAGAAGGUCGUUCCGCCGGGGACGACGGUUAUACCAAUCCUCGGAAUCCGAUGAUGACGACGAUAACGGCGGUGAAUAUUAUGGUACGGAUGGGAAUCGCCGUGGGACCCGCCAUGGUGCCAAACGACGACGGAACGAUAAAUUUGCCCACGGGGGUUUCUACCGACGGGAUCACUAUCGGAACGAGUUCGUCGAUGAAGAUGACGACAAUGGCAGUAGUAGCAGCACCAACAGCGCUGGAAUCAGUGCCAUUCCUGAUACGACCCAGUACGUGGACUGCCUGGCAACAGGUUGGGGCAAAUCGACAAUCGAUGAUGAAUUAACUGACAUCCUGCUGCAGACGAAGGCCCCCAUCCAGAAUAGUAAAAAAUGUGAAAAGGCGUACGGAGAUUUCAUCCGACUACAUCGUGGCCAUCUCUGUGCGGGGAAUCUCGACGGAACCGGCGGAACUUGUGUGGGUGACUCGGGAGGUCCGCUGCAGUGCCGCAUCACCAAACAUGGCCCCUGGAUUCUAGUCGGAAUAACUUCGUUCGGGUCGGGCUGUGCAUUCAAGGACUAUCCGGACGUGUAUACCAAAAUCUCGUUCUACCGCCAGUGGAUCAUGGACACCAUACAGGCCAACUAGGCGGACGGAGCCGGAGGCAAACGAGGCAGACAGUCAAGGCGGAAUCGAUCAAUCCGAAACAAUCGUCCAACAUUUGUGGACUUUGUCGUUCGUCGUUUGUUGUGCAGUCAAUUGAAAACGUUUGGUUUUCAGAAGUUGAAAUGUGAGAAACAAGACAAACAAAAAUAAAAAUUGUGAUAUUACUUUUACAUCGAAGGAACGGCGGUCGAAUUCGACAAUUUUCAUUAAAAUAUUCCGUUCAGGAGUAAAGUAAAGGAUUCCUACUAUUAACUAUAGCCCAACUAUCGAACGCAUGUAGAAACCCUCGUGGACAGAGCCUAGAAAAAGCUAACAUAAUACCAUAAGCUUCCCAUAGCAUGCUCUACGCCACCCGACACACCAAGAAUAAUCAGUUAACUAAACCCCUCGGUUCGGUUUCGAUUCGUUCACGUAUUUAUUUGUGUUCAUAACAGUUUUUCUCCGUACUGCCAUUUUCAAUCCCCAACGGAAGCUGGUUUACAAGUCGAGGUUUCAGCAUGCACCCGACCCCAGUUCCGCGUUUUUUUUUCUUCCGUUGACUGUUACCACCGGUUUUUACACACUGGACGUUUAUUUGUUUUUAUUGAGUUUUUUUAUGACGCACACCCGCUUGAAAUUAUUUGCUAGUUAUUUGUAGUUAUUAUAUUUGGUGUAAAAAAAGAGUUGUUAGUAGCAGUUUUUUUAGCGACCGGACGAGAAUGUUAAUUGUUGGUGCAGGAUGAAAGUUUAGUCUAUUGCGGUAAGAUUUUGCUGAGUUACCUGAAUUCAAUUAGCUUUUAGAAUCACGGAACGGAGUUUCAGCU